UUUGCAAAAUAUGAAUCGCAGUACGACGGUACUUCUUCGCGAUUUGAACGAGGAAGAUAAAUCUCAAGAAAAUCAAGGUUUGCCUUUGUCGCUUCUCCGACAAUUUUCAACCAAGGAGAGAGGAGUUGCAAGGCGUCGCCAAACCAUGACGAGCAUCUUGCGAAGAAGCAUUUCAGAUUCAGUGGAAAGAAAUCUCUGUUACCGUGUUGGUUUGCAUCAGGCCUGUCGGGAUGGUCUCAUUGAUAUCGUUCGAGCAUUACAACAGAGAGGUGUACCUACCAUCAACACCUUAGACAAGGAUGGGUUGGCCCCAAUCCAUUACGCAGCCCGUUAUGACCACGAAGAGAUUGUGCAGCUACUUAUUGAGGGAGGUGCAGAUCUGGACAUAUUCUCUGGCAGUGAAAGCAAAUUUACUACACCUCUUCAAAUCGCAGCAAGAUUUAACAGUCCUGCCACAGCUCGGUUGCUGGUACUGAAUGGAGUAGAUGUAGCAAAGCAGUCAAGUUAUGGACAACAAGCUUUACACUAUGCUGCAAGAAGAGGAAACUUAAAAGUCGUUCAGGUUCUGCUCAGAGAAGGAAAAGCAGAGGUAAAUGCAAAGGACAAUGAGAAUUCCACCCCACUACAUGCUGCAUCUCAAGAGGGAAAGCUAGAUGUUGUCGAAAUUCUGCUGCAAUAUGGCGCUGACCCGAGUUUAAGUGAUAACGACGGAUACACUGCAGUGCAUUUAGCAGCUAAAGAUGGAUACGAUGAUGUGUUAGAAAAACUACUUUCCACAGCGAAAACCUGUGGUGUAUCAUGUCCAGCCAUUUUGAACAAAAUGGAUAAUGAUGCCAACUCAUGUCUGCAUCUGGCUGUCAGACAUGGCCAUAUUAAAUCGGCAGAGGUUUGUAUAAAAUACGGCGCUGAUACAUGCGCAGUGCAGGAUGAUUUGUCGUCUCCUCUUCAUGUUGCCUGUGUGAAUGGUUAUUAUGAGAUUGCAAAACUUCUCCUGUUGAACGGGGCCAACAUACACGAUGAAGAUGCAGAAGGAAUGACGCCCAUUUUGAGGGCGUCACUGACCGGAAAUGUAGAAAUUCUCGAUCUUCUUCUCUCAGAGGGAGCUGAUAUUUCAUCUGAAGAGAACACUUAUUCCCCCUCACCACUGAUGUGUGCAGUAAAGAGAGGCCAUCCCAAUGCAGUCAGAUUUCUUUUACAAAGCGGAUCACCCAUUGACCUGAGAGACGUAAGUCACAGGACUUCUCUCCACGUUGCUGUUUUUAGCUCUGAUGCUGAGACACUGAAAGUGAUUCUUCAGGUAAAUCUUGAUUAA